AUGCCAGUCGUAAGGUAUCUUGCUGUCGCUGGUUUGUUGUUGGGCCAGGUCACUGCCGCUUCUGCUCAGGUCACCGCGAACAGAACCUCUGUCGUGGAACCAUCCAACUUCAAUGUCAUAGAGGCUCUCCUCGAUCUAGGUGUUGAUGUCUCUCAGCUUCCCAGAGUAUCUGAAAUUAGCAAGAGAUCUGAGGUCAGAUGCUCCACCGCUUGCAACUCGCUGAAGCUGGUGUUUGGCGACGCCGCCGUGGAAACACGCAACGAGGCGGCAUACGCCAACUUCACCGGCUCGUACUGGUCCUCGAAUCAGGCCGAAAUCAGUCCCUACUGCAUUUUCAAGCCAUUCAAACCGACUGAUGUUUCCGUCGCCGUGCUCAUUUCUCGGUUGACGCAAUGCCCGUUCGCGGCGAAGAGCGGCGGCCACGCUGCCAUGGCUGGUGCGUCUAACAUCGAGGGCGGGAUCACCAUCUCUUUUGUGAACCUGAAAAGUAUUUCCUUGUCUUCUGACAAGAAGAUUGCCUCAAUUCAACCUGGAAAUAUCUGGGGUGAGGUCUUCGAAGAGCUGACCAAGUCUGAUGUCUCGGUUGUCGGAGGCCGACUCUACAACAUUGGGGUGGGUGGCUUGACAACAGGAGGCGGCAUUUCCUUCUUCUCAGGCAUAUAUGGAUGGGCUUGCGAUAACGUCGAGAGCUAUGAUGUUGUUCUCGCAAGCGGUAUCAUCGUCAGGGCAACACCUAAUCAGUUCUCCGAUCUCUACUGGGCUCUCCGCGGGGGUGGUAAUAACUUUGGCCUUGUCGUGAGCUUCAAUCUCCGAACGAUUCCUCUGGCCGGCGGUAAGAUGUGGGGUGGCUCGAGAGUCUACACGGAGGAUAAAUUUCCGGCAGUCUCGACGGCGUUUUCCAAAAUCAUUUCCAAUUCACCCGGAGACCCCAAGGCCGGCAUCUACGUUGUCUGGUCAUACAGCAGCGAAGCCAAGCUCGCUAUCCCGGCGCUGUACUACUCGGAGCCGGACGCCGAAAACGCCACCAUCUUUUCCGACUUCAACGCCAUCGAUGCCAUCUCGGAUACGACGCAGAACAGGGUCCUUGCCGCGUGGGGUAAGGAGACAAUGAACGAUAGCCCUCCGGGUCUCCGGGAGGCCUACUACGUGAUCACGACAAAGGCCGACCUCGAGAUUCUCAACAUCGCCCUGGACAUUUUCUACGAAGCAGUGCCCGCCGUUGCCGACAUUUCCGGAAUCAUUCCCGUUCUCGUCACGCAGGGCAUCACGGUCCCGAUGCUGGAGAAAAUGCAGCAAAACGGCGGAAACCCGCUCGGCCUCGACGUUGAAGAUGGUCCUUUCUACAUCAUGCAGCUCUGCGCAAUGUGGGACAACAAGGAAGACGAUGACACGGUCUACGCGUACAUGUCGGCUAUUUUGGAAAAAAUCACGGCGGAGGCCAAAAGUCGUGGUGUCGACAAUGACUACGUCUACAUGAACUACGCCAGCCAGUUCCAGAAUGUGGUUGGCAGCUACGGGACGGAGAACGUGGCGAGACUGAAGAGCAUUUCGAGGAAGUACGACCCUCGGCAGGUGUUCCAGAAGUUACAACCGGGGUAUUUUAAGCUUGAUCGGGCGCCGAUACCGGAUUCUGCUUAUUUUUCCAUUUAA